UCUCCCCGGGAGGCGAGCCCAUGAGCCGGGCUCGGCGAUGAAAACACCAUGGGGCCCUUUGCCAGCCCCAACUGGUUCCGCUUGGGGCUCCUCUUGGGUGCGCUCCGGCCGGGCGCUUGCACCACGGAAGUAUGCACAGGAACAGACAUGAAGCUGCAGCAACCGUCCAGCCCGGUAAACCAUUAUGGCACUCUCCGACGGCUGUACGAGAACUGCCACGUCGUGCAAGGCAACUUGGAGAUCACCUAUCUGCCGGCUGAUGUGGACACUUCCUUUCUCAUGAACAUCAGAGAGGUCCAGGGGUACGUGCUGAUUGCCAAGAACCACGUGCGUCGCUUGCAGCUGACGAGCCUUCUCAUCAUUCGAGGGACACAGUUGUACGAGGACAAAUAUGCUCUGGCUGUUCUUGGAAACGCCGAUGCCACUGAAAAUGUGGGGCUUCAGGAACUGGGCAUGUUGAAACUGACAGAGAUUCUGAAAGGCGGAGUGAUCAUCCAGGAAAACCCACAACUGUGCUUCCAGGAGACCAUAGACUGGAACGACAUCUUCCACAAACACAACUGGCACAACUUCACGGAGAUCGGCACCCAGCGCCGUCGGACGUGCCCUGACUGCAGAAGCAUCUGCCCCAACGGCCACUGCUGGGGUGAAGCAAGACAGAGCUGCCAGACAAUGACCAGCACCAUCUGCGCCAGCAGCUGUCCGAGGUGCAAGGGGCACCUCCCCACGGAUUGUUGCCACGAGCAGUGCGCGGCGGGCUGCACGGGACCGAAGCACUCUGAUUGCCUGGCUUGCCUCCACUUCAACCACAGCGGGAUCUGCGAGCUGCACUGCCCGUCCUUCUUCCACUACAACCAGGACAACUAUGAGUCAGUGCCCAAUCCGAACGGGCGCUACACCUUUGGAGCCACGUGUGUCAAGGAAUGCCCUUAUAACUAUUUGACUGCAGAGGUGGGCUCCUGUACUUUGGUGUGUCCUCAGAACAGCCAGGAGAUGACCGUGGGCACUGUGCAGAAGUGUGAGAAAUGCAGCAAACCCUGCCCAGAAGUCUGCUACGGCCUGGGAAUGGAUUUCCUGAAGGGAGUCCGGGCUGUCAACGCGACCAACAUCAAGCACUUUGUGGGCUGCACCAAGAUUUUCGGCAGCUUAGCUUUCCUUCAAGAGACCUUUCUGGGGGAUCCUUCCACAAAUACCCCACCUCUGGCCCCUGAGCAACUAGAAGCCUUUAAAAACCUGAAGGAUCUGACAGGUUUCUUAUUCAUUGAAUCCUGGCCAGAAACUCUCCCGGACUUAAGCCCCUUCCAGAACCUCCAGGUGAUCCGGGGACGAGCACUCUACAAUGGGGCAUACUCUCUGACUCUGCAGAACCUCCCCAUCUCCUCGCUGGGCCUGCGUUCCCUACGCGAGAUCAGCAGCGGCAUGGUCCUUGUUCACCACAACCCCAAUCUCUGCUUCAUCCAGAAUGUGCCUUGGGAAGACAUUUUCAGGAACCCCCGACAGAUGCUCUUCCACAAUGACAACAAGCCUGUUCAACAGUGCGAGCUCGACGGCCAAACAUGCUUCCCCCUCUGCUCCAAGGGCCACUGCUGGGGACCUGCAGCGACUCAGUGUGUGUCUUGCAGUGGGUUUCUGCGUGGAGAGGAGUGCGUCGAGAACUGCAGCGUUCUGGACGGAGAUGUCCGGGAACACGUCAAUGGGACCCUGUGCUUUCCGUGCCACCCGGAAUGCCUGCCCCAAAACGGGACGGAGACCUGCUAUGGAUCGGAGGCAGAGCAGUGUGUGGGAUGUGCCCAUUAUAAAGACGGCCUUUCCUGCGUGGAACGGUGCCCCAGCGGUGUGAAGGUUGAUGCCUCUUUUGUGCCCAUCUGGAAGUAUCCCGAUGAGGAGGGCGUCUGUCAGUUCUGUCCCACCAACUGCACCCACUCGUGCACGCUGCGGGACGAACUUGGCUGCCCUCUGGAUCAGAAGCCAAGCCAGGCCACGUCCAUCAUCGCCGGCGUGGUGGGAGCCGCCCUUGUCCUGGUCCUCUUGUUCCUCAUCGUCGUCUGCAUCAACCGGAGGAAGCAGCAGGAGCGGAAGCACACGAUGCGGCGUCUCCUCCAGGAGACAGAGCUGGUGGAACCCCUGACCCCCAGCGGAGCCUUGCCUAACCAGGCCCAGAUGCGAAUCCUCAAGGAGACAGAGCUGAAAAAAGUCAAGGUUUUGGGGUCCGGCGCCUUUGGGACAGUUUACAAGGGCGUGUGGAUUCCAGAUGGCGAGAGCGUGAAGAUCCCAGUAGCCAUCAAAGUCUUGCGGGAAAAUACGUCCCCCAAAGCCAACAAGGAGAUUUUGGACGAAGCCUAUGUCAUGGCGGGCGUGGGCAGCCCGUACGUCUCGCGGCUGCUGGGCAUCUGCCUCACUUCCACGGUGCAGCUGGUCACGCAGCUGAUGCCGUACGGUUGCCUGCUGGACUACGUCCGGGAGAACAAGGAACGUAUCGGGUCCCAGGACUUGCUGAACUGGUGUGUGCAGAUAGCGAAGGGAAUGAGCUACCUGGAGGAUGUCCGCCUGGUCCAUCGGGACUUGGCCGCUCGGAACGUCCUGGUGAAGAGCCCCAAUCAUGUCAAGAUCACCGAUUUUGGCUUAGCCCGGCUGCUGGAUAUAGAUGAGACGGAAUACCAUGCCGACGGAGGGAAGGUGCCUAUCAAAUGGAUGGCUCUGGAAUCCAUCUUGCGCAGACGAUUCACCCACCAAAGUGACGUGUGGAGCUACGGCGUCACUGUGUGGGAGCUGAUGACGUUUGGCGCCAAGCCGUACGAUGGCAUCCCGGCCCGCGAGAUCCCUGAUCUACUGGAGAAAGGGGAGCGAUUGCCCCAACCCCCCAUCUGCACCAUCGAAGUCUACAUGAUCAUGGUGAAAUGUUGGAUGAUUGACUCGGAAUGCCGGCCCAAGUUCCGGGAGCUGGUCACGGAGUUCUCGCGGAUGGCCAGGGACCCCCAGCGUUUUGUGGUCAUCCAGAACGAUGAUGCGAUGGGCAUGGCUAGCCCCAUCGACAGCACUUUCUAUCGCACGUUGCUGGAAGAGGAAGACAUGCAAGAUUUGGUGGACGCCGAAGAGUAUCUGGUCCCCCACCAGGGCUUCUUCAGCGCCGAGACGUCACCUGACUACCGAUCCAGGAUCCCCUCCACCCGAAGUGCCACAGAAGCUCAAGCGCCCUCGGAAGAAGCAGAGGCGGAAGCAUCGGCUCAGAAUCCCUACCUGGGCCCGGAUCUCCCUGACCAAGUAGAGCCUGUCCCUCUCCACUCCCUGGAGGAUGACUACGCAGGCAGGAAGAUGCUGCGGAUGCCGCCGCCGCCACAGGAACCUCCCAUGCUCCAGCGCUACAGCGAAGACCCGACCAGUGCCUCAGCAAGCGAAAACGAGAGCCUGGAAGCCAAGAACUACAGUUCACCUGUACCCUGCGGUGUUGUUCCAGAAUAUGUGAACCAGCUGGAGAACAGCCUCUCGCCCGGCAAAAGCUUGCGAACGCCAGGAUCCACGCUGGAAAAGCCCAAAGGUCAUUUGGGGAAGAACGGGCUCAUCAAGGAACCAAAGAGCAGCUUUCCCAACGUGGUGGAGAACCCCGAGUACCUGACGCCGCGCAACCUCCCCGUGGCUGGCCUGUUGCCGCAAGCCUUCGACAACCUCUAUUACUGGAACCAGGAGACCCCCAAGAGCCAUCCGGCGGAACUCUUUCCCCCCACCGCAGCCGCCACUUCAACUAACAGCUUCGCCCCGACUCCAACAGCGGAGAACUUGGAGUACCUCGGCCUGGCGGAAUCAGUCUCUCAUUCCAAGGACUCGUCGGCCUAAAGGGCCUCCUUCCCCUUCACUGGUGAAAUCGAGUUUCACGAUCCAGGCAGCUUAGGGCACAAGCUAACUGACUGUUAAUGCAAGUAAGAUGGCUGGGAUUUCUCGAGGUUCUCGGGGCUGGGAAGCCCUGCUCUUCCGCCUGGCAGCUGGACUAAUGCCUCGUCGGAGCCAGCUCCCAAAUCGUGCCGUUUGGGCCGAGCCAGUUGAGGCUUGGCGAGAUAACAAAAGGGGAGGGUUCGUGCAACCGCUUUGCACUUCGUCUCUCUCGCCUUUGUCUUCCAUGGAUCUCGAAUCUAAAAAAUAAGGUCAGGGAAAGAGCUAGAGAAUCGGAACGAUGAAAUGGUGGUUUAUGAAACUGUUGCGGGCUUUCUUACUGGAGGAAUUACAAUCGCUAGGGAACACGAAACAAAAUAAUGUAGGAAAAAUGAAGUCCACGUGUUGGUGUCUCUUAUAACCUUUGUUGGUAUGUUUUAAUAGCAGGGGUGAAAAGGGAACUUUUGGCCAGAACGAUUGGAAAAGACUGACCUGCCAAGGGGUUGCGGUGAAAUAAUCUGUGGUUGAAUGGACACAAAACCCCUCUCUCGUGUGGGUGCGGGGAGAUCAUGUUGCCAAGUGACAAAAGCGAACUGUGCCCCCCACCCCUUACCCUCUGAAGAAGAUUCAAGAAAAGUCAGACGAGGAAUUAAAAUUGUCUUUGAUUCAUGCUAGGAGCAGUUUGGUCAGAACGGAAUCUGGGCAAAUUCAGAGAGUCGUUCUGUUUAUAGACAACACCUAAUUUUAUGCUCUUUUCUCAGUCUGUGGCCCAACCCUUGCAGCUUUUUCCUUUGAGGCGACCGAAUCGAAGUCCGAGAGCAGCUCAACAAUUGAUGGGGACAAAGUGGAGGAGGGGGGAAGUUUAGUCAUGCCAGUUCUGUGGAAACCAGAGGCUGGCUUUACUAAUGACCUUGGGAUAUUUAUUAUUUUGAAGCACAGCAAGGCGUUUUGGAUACCAGUUAUCUGGGAGGCGAAGAAAACUGCAGAAUGUGGCCUGCGGGUGCAGAUUUUAAGUUCCCAGGAAUUUUUUCUUUUGUUGUUUUAAAAGCAGGUUUCUAGUCCUUAUGCCGUGUUUUGCCUGAGAGUGGCAUAAAGGGUCUGUUGGAAAGGGCUAUACCUGCGGGUCUCAGAUGCCAGAGAUAACCAAGAUGGCUGCAUGUGUUGGGGUGGAGCAUCAGUGCUUCACGUAACCAUCACAUAAAUAAAUCACGUAAAUAGAUAAAUAAAUAAACCAUCUCGCUCCAUAUCCCAUGAAAAAGCAUAAAAAUGGGAGACUAAAUUAUGCAGUAGAAACCACGCUGAUUCGCUCAGUUGGCCUAACUUAAUGCAGAUCCCACAACUGAGUUUGUCUUUUGCACAAUCGCAAAUUAUGGGAUGGUGCUCAACCUUUCUCGUAAGAGGGGACUGGAUGUUUUACCCCCUCGGUGAUGGACGUGCAAUUGGCUUUCUUCCCGUCUGAACAGUCUGGCUGCAGCCAUCCACACUAGGGAGGCCUCGCUCCUAGGCCCGAAGCCUGUCUCACAGAUGGGCUUGUUCCUUUGUCUAGGAGUCUGCUCACGGCACGUGGGUCGUUCUGGAACUGGGACAUGUGGCAUUCUUUGUUUGCUCCUUCCGAGGAUCUCCAGAAGCUGCAGGAAAAGCCAAACCUUUCACAGCCCACUGCUAGAACAACAUCUGCAGGGUGCUCCUCCUUUUAAAUUGCAUCUCAUGAAAAGAGGGAAACCACUGGCCGUGGCCUCCUCAACCCAGGAAGGAUCCUGGAUCCACACAGGAUCUUGCACUGCCCCGCGGCCCAUUUUAAGAUCACAGCAAUUCUAUUCCGCUCAGGCUGUGAACUGCUCCGCUCAGUAGGGGGGAAUAAUUAGAGGGAACCUUGGUGUAUGUGUGGGGCGCUUCUGGCAGCAGAUUUGGGAUGCUGCAAAGUGUGACAGGAGGCAGACAGGCCACACACAACCCAUGCUUCUGUGCAAGCCCUGUGGACCAACAUCACCGUUCAUUUCAGCGGUCACAGGCAGAACAUCUCAGCAGGCCGUGCCUCCAUGCAUCUUUACAGGAGAGCCUUUUGGGGUUUCCACAGGCACCCAAAUCAUCAUGGGCUUCCUCUGGGCUGCGAACGGAAGAAAGAUAGUCGGAGACUUUUGCAAGGGACCCAAAGGCCUGUCUGGGCCCGUAACCUUCCUGUCCCCCUUCCAUGGCAAAACUCCUUGCACCAAGCUUUGCCUGCUGUCUGCCCGCUUCCUCCUAUGAAGAUUGCCGGCCUGUUUGUUAAAUUGACACUGGCUGUACCCUGCAGUGCUUUGGGAAAGGACAGAUCACUGUGCCAAAGAGAAAGACGACUGUGGAGGAUGGACCUUGACUAGAUGGCACUUUGGGGCAGCGAAACAGCUGGGUUUUGCAGAGGGAAACGUAUGUUUUUGUCACUCAAAGCGGGUUAGCAGAGUGGCUUGAUUACCACUGGAACCAAUAACGAGCCACCAGUUUAAGGGUACAGACAAGUAGACCGAAUGCGCCAGCCGUCCUUGGCGUAUCUUCUGCAGAAAUUCCAUGAAUCACACAAGAGGGAGGUUGAAAUCUUGAAAUAUUUCUGAGGCGGGAUAGAGGGGGAUAAAUUAACUUUCUAUUUAUGAAGUCCACCCCUUCAUCGCUCCUGCCACACCCCCCCCCGUUCCUCUAAAACCGUUUGUUCCCAAACCUGGGCUCUUUUUGGUGUAUCCAAGGUUAUCUGCUGUGGAUUCCUUUUUACAAAAAAAAAAAAUCAACCACGUUACGAGUA